UUAAACUUACUCGAACAUUGAAAAAUUGUUUCCAUUUACACAAUUUUCACUUAGAAACUAAGCCAAGAACAAGGAUUUCAAUACUAAGGAUUAGAUAUAGGUACAGCUACUGGUAACGGAAUCAGUGUUUCUGAAACCCAUGAUCAUGGAGUACAAUCGCCAGCCAUGUCCCAUCCGGAUUGUGGAGGAUUGCGGAUGCGCCUUCAUGAUGGGCACCAUCGGAGGAUCGCUGUUCGAGUUCCUCAAGGGUUUCCGUAACGCUCCGUCUGGGAUGUGGCGUAGCCUUUACGGUGGUUUUGAUUCGGUGAAGAUGAGGACUCCGGGCAUUGCUGGAAGCUUUGCCAUUUGGGGAGCUACUUUCAGCACGGUGGACUGUGUCCUCGUCUCCUAUCGCCAGAGGGAAGAUUCUUGGAAUUCCAUUCUAAGUGGCGCAGCAACCGGCGGGAUUUUGGCAGCGCGUAAUGGAAUUCGAGCAAUGGCCAAUAGUGCUCUUGUAGGAUGCCUGGUUUUGGCCAUGAUUGAGGGAGCAGGUGCAGCUGUGGCUACCAUUAAUGCAUCCGAUGGUGGUACAGGGACAGCCCCCAAUACGCAGCGAGCCCAAUGGGAAGCUAUAAUGGAGGCUGUAAAUCCAGAAAUGGACCCAUCUUCAAAAGAUUUCGUCGUGGCAGAACUCGACCGUGUGCUGGACAAAUUUCGAUCAUAUAGGACCCGAGUGGUUCAGCAGGGACUCCCACCAAGUGCCAAGCCAAUUAUAAAUAGUCAGGAAAGGAAGCCUUUUGAGAAGCCAUUACCCUCACUGUUAGAUCUCGUCAAACUGGACAAGAUUUUUUGACAUCUAUGUUUAUUCAAACUUUCAUGGUAGCUCAUCAAAAUUAAGCGUAUCUGCUUAUUCUCUCUGUUUAUAUGUUAGUAAUACCCAAUCAGUCAUUUAUUCAUUCAAUAAAAAACCAUAGCAUGGUUUUUGGCAGCUGA